AUGGCAGAUGCCCCUGCUGUUGAGGAAACUGACAAUGAAGAGGCAGCACAGGAAAGUCAAGUUGUUGACCAACCUGAUGAAGAAGAUGAGGAAGAAGAUGAUGAAAUUGAUGCUGGUGGGGACCAGCCAGAUGCCAGUGGGGGUGGCAUCAUCAAGAAAAAGAAAAAGAAAAUGGGAAAAAGAAAAAUGAGAAAAACUUUAUCUAAUAAACCUCAGGAUUUUCAGAACUAUGUAACAGGUGCCCUGACUAUAUAUGGUCAUACAAUACAUUCUGAACUUUACUACAAUGUUAAUCAAAACUCCUCUCAAACAAUUAGAAAUUGA